AUGGAAGGAAACACGCGACUCGUGCAGAUCAUCCGUGAAAUGCGCUCGGAGAUCAAUAACCUGGAGAGAGAAAAUAGGGCCCUUCGGGUGGAACUGAAAUUCAGUGGCCUGAGGACAACUACCCAAGCAACAGGAGCAAGAGGAAAAGGUGGACAGGGGGAAGCCAGGAGCCUCACUGAUUCAGGGGAAGAGACUGUCACUUCACCAGUGGCCCUGAGUAGGAAUGUCUCUGCCAGCUCCACUCUGACCCUGCAGGAACAGAAAGGCACUAGUAUGAUUGUUAGGCGUUAUUCCAGCUCUUCCUCAGUGCAAUCUUUUUCUGGCCACAAGCACCACAAAGCUGAGAAAAGACAUCUCAGUAAUGGAAUCAUGGCAGUACAGGGAAUUGUCAAACCACCAGCAAGCUCUUCCGUGAUGCAAAUAGCAAACGAAGAAGAAAAAGGAUGUGCAGAAAUUCCAGCUCACUGCUUCUCCAGCAAUAAUUCUAGCAAAAGAAGAUCUUUUCAAGAGCACGUCUAUAAGUGCAGGGGUAAAGUAAAGGCGGUUAGUUUCCUGUUGCCAAUGGAUAUGUCAUCUUAUUCUGAAAAUCAAGGUUCUUUCAAAUGCCCACAAAAUCAGGACACAAAACAGUUAAGCACCAUUAUUGAAAAGGAUAUGUGA